CUUAUCACAGCGCAGUACUGAGCAGCGCGGUGUAUCCAUGGGCAAAAAUGUUACAAACCAAUGAAAUGCCCUUCGAUGCAACAUUAGCACUUCCCGAUGAAUUGCUCAUGUCCGCUUCGUCCAAGCCGCCAGUACCCUCAUUGGCGCGACCCGCGCGAGCGGUAAGGGAAAUCAUGGAAAUCCCCAGCCCAUAUCCGACGGGAUAUCAUAGCCUAGCAGCCUUGUCAUCCUCGCCUCAUGGCCGCUCAAAAGUUCGCCGAUUGCUCUGGCGGUAGACGAAAACAAAUCACAUUACAAGCAAG